AUGCGCUCGUUGUUGGUCCUUCUCAUCGCUUCGUCGGUCGCCUUCGCCGCCAUCGUGCCGCCGAUGCAGGCGAGCCUCGAAUGCAUCACGUGCGUCGCCACCGUCAAAGGUGUCGAGGCCAAGGUCUUCAAAGAGGGAGACGAGAUCGGCGAGAAGGAGGUCCACACCAUCUGCAUGGACGUCGUCCCAGUGCCAGCCGCCGAGAAAUACUGCGAGUCGUACGGCGACAAAGAGGUCGAAUUGAUCAUCUCCGAUCUCAAGAAGGACGUCCCACCAAAGGACAUCUGCAAGAAGAUGCACAAAUGCUAA